CCGAGCAAGAUGGAGUUCCUCCUGGGGAAUCCGUACAGCACCCCGGUGGGGCACUGCAUCGAGAGAGCCACAGAUGGCUCCCUUCAAAGUGAAGACUGGACCCUCAACAUGGAAAUAUGUGACAUCAUCAAUGAAACUGAGGAUGGGCCAAAGGAUGCAAUCAGAGCAGUGAAAAAGAGGCUUAAUGGCAACAGGAACUACAGGGAAGUGAUGCUGGCCCUGACGGUGCUGGAGACGUGUGUGAAGAACUGCGGCCAUCGUUUCCAUGCCCUCGUCACCAGCAGGGACUUUAUUGACGGUGUGCUCGUUAAAAUCAUCUCACCUAAAAAUAACCCUCCAACCAUUGUACAGGACAAAGUGCUGGCCCUGAUUCAGGCGUGGGCUGAUGCGUUCCGUAGCAGUCCUGAUCUUACGGGUGUGGUCCACAUCUAUGAAGAGCUGAAGAGGAAGGGCAUCGAGUUCCCCAUGUCUGACCUCGAGACCCUGUCACCCAUACACACACCGCAACGGCUGGCGUCUGCCCCGGAGGGUGACCCCAAUCCGCAGAAGUACAGCGCCCCACCCCAACCCACGCCGCGCUCCGUUCCCCCAGCCUACACCACCCCACAAGUCCCCAACAUCCACGCCUCCGGCUCCAUCAACCCCACACCUGAACAGAUUUGCCGUUUGCGCAGUGAGUUGGAAAUUGUGCGUGGAAACACCAAAGUGAUGUCAGAGAUGCUGACCGAAAUGGUUCCAGGACAGGAAGACCCCUCGGACCACGAGCUGCUGCAGGAACUGAACAGGACUUGCAGAGCCAUGCAGCAGAGGAUAAUGGAGCUCAUCUCGUGUGUGUCCAACGAGGAAGUGACCGAGGAGCUUCUCCACGUCAACGAUGAUCUCAACAAUAUCUUCCUGCGCUACGAGAGGUAUGAGAGGUUUCGCUCCGGGAGGUCUUCUGCUCAGAAUGUCAACAACGGGGUCCUAAGUGAAGCUACCGAGGACAACCUGAUAGACCUGGGCCCGGGCUCCCCAGCAGUGGUCAGCAACAUGCCCGCUACCGCUCCCACCAGCCUCCCCCCCAACCUGUCCACUCCAGGAGUACGCCCAUCCUCCCCUGCCUCCCUGGCCACACGGCUGGCUGGCCUCGAUGUAGGUGCAGAUAGUGUGAGCACCACCCUGAGCUUGCUGUCCAGCUGUAAGCCUCCGCCCUCCCAGGAUGACUUUGACAUGUUCGCUCAGACUCGGACCGGAGCUCUGUCUGAACCACGCCAGACGGCUCCAGAGGAAGAUAGCCUCCCUCCUACCCUCGAUGUUCGACAGCUGACUAUAGGAGGGGGCGCGGAGGGCCAGUCCUCUGUCAUGGAUGACAUAGAGGAGUGGCUGUGUUCUGAUGUGAAGGGAGACGAGGGAGAGGAAGGAGUCACAAGUGAAGAGUUUGACAAGUUCUUGGAAGAGAGAGCCAAAGCUGCAGAAAUGGCUCCCAGUCUGCCGUCGCCCCCUAAUGGUGAGCCUGGGGCGAUGCAGGGAACACCCAGCCGCAAGAAAGCAGACCAACAAGAAGAUGCGCUGUUCGCCAUGUAGACCUCUCACCUUUCACCUUCCUUUGACAACCCCCCCCCCCCCCCCCAAGCCCUGGCGUGUGACCCGACCAGCUGAACAGCAACAUGCCAGGACGGACUGCAGCUGUGCACUUGUGUGUGUCACGCGACACACAAACACGCCACGCAUAACACUCAGAACACACCUGACGCACUCACAUGCCCCCUCGAUUUAUUUUCAGCCCUGCUGGCUAAACACCACCCGGCUACACUACAGUCUGCCAGUGCUUUAUCUUCAUUAAAAAGGGAAUCUUUCAUUCUUUUUUUUAGUUUAUCUUCACUACAUGAAGGGAAAACCAUACAAAUGCGCCAUUUUAAUACACUAUUAGACAAGUGGAGCUCACCAGCUAGUUCUGGAAACAACAAGGGUCACUGUACAAUGAUGUUCCUGACUAGUCCAUGAAGGACGUUUUCUGUUGUACUGUGUUUGUGGACUUCGUUAGCCGCUUGUGGUCUGCAGAGAAAGGACAGCUAGCGUGUUGUGUGGUCAUCUUUCAUCUUCCCUGAUCCCGUGACCUCGGUGUGACAGAGGAGGUCUGCCUGUCUGUUUAUUAUGACCACAUACACACCUGAUGAAGACUCCCCGGCAUGCCGUACCGUCAUCCACUACCAUCCUCCUCCUCCUCUGAACAUUUAGACAGUUUGCACCAUUAGAAGUAUAUCUGCCAUUGUUUUCCCUCAUUAUGGGGCCAUUCUCAUUAUUUGGUCACAUGUUUAGACAUCCUGAUCGUGCCCUAUGAGGAAGCCUUUACGUGUGACCCACGUGAUUAACAGUCUGUCUCGCUUAGUGGUGACCUUGAUUUCCAUGUUGUGUGGAGUGGGGCUGUUGUAUAUCUGUAAAUGAUAAAUGCUGAGUUUAUUAGUCGUGUGUAUAUAGUAUGUUUAACCAGGCCGUGUACGGGAGAGACGUCGGCAUUACAGGAGAUUAAAAGGGCAUCUGAGCAGGCUUAUCUUCCUCAGCCGCUCUCGGAAGAGGUUUACCUCACCGUGGGAGGGAGGAGGAGGAGGAGGCUGAACGUUCACCAUCUCCUGUAGGGAAGUUCCUCCUCCGUGGCUGGCGAGCUGCCAGGCGACACUAGAUAUUUUGAGCAAAUCCUUUUUUCCCUCCGUUAUAAUCUGUUCAGCACUUUGUUUAUUUGGUCAGGAUUCUCAGAUGCAGUUUGAAAUGAUUUUGCAGAGACUUUAUUUGCUUUUUGAAUUCUUCAUCAGAAUGACCUCUGUGUAGGCAGGUCUGUCUGUCUGUCUUCAUGUAUGAUUCACUCAUGUGAUUUAAGGGAAACGCACUGUGCUGGAUAUAUAGAUGUGUAUUUAUAUAUCAUAUUUCUGUCAAGCUGUCCGUCUGCUGAAGACGGUCACGUGUCUUUAGGUGAGACGGGACGCUUUGUUAGUGUCACAUGACCACAGCGGGCUCCCCGCCGGGUACCGGGAGGUUGGUCCGGAUGCUGAACCGCUGCUCGUCUUCCUGCAGCAGGUUGCUGGGUGAAGCUGGGUCAUCGGUCCGGUCUGAACUCGUCUGAGUGGACCACGUUGUAUGUUUUCUGUUUUACUGAAUUUAAACUUAAAGGACCAAUGUUUGUGUGUUUAAUUAUUUGUGUUGAAAAUGAACAUGUGGUAAAUUACAGACUCUGAGCUGGUAAUCCGUCAAAUGGUCCCAGUCUUUGGCUUGACGUCCAUGCUCCUCUGUCAG